AUGGCGGAUGAGACGGAGGUUGAAACAGUCGCGCGUAUUCAAGCAGUGGAUAUUCGGGACUUGUACCCAAAUUUGGCCCGGGAAGACGUCACGUCGCGCUUGUGUCUCCUGUGCGCUGCUAAGCUCAAGGACAAGACGCACAAUCUCACGCGCCAUCUGGAACGACAUCAUGCCGGCGCAUUGCUACAGUUGCUGGAGCAGCGCAACCAAGUACCACGAAGUGUUUUGGCAUCCAGGACUCGACGUUCACAACAGGAGAAGGCAGCGGCGACCAGACAAUCAGUGGGACAGGUGGAAGAUACUUUGCUUCAAACUGGAGACGCCAAGCUGGUACUGGCUCGAUGGCUUGCACAGGAACAGCUCCCAAUGAAUCUGAUUGACAACUCUGGGUUUCGGGAGUUCAUUGAGGUGCUUAAUAAGCAGUUUCGUUUACCAAAGAGCGAAGAACUGCAGCAAAUACUGGGAACGUUGGUGACAGGCACGACUGACAGCAAGUUGACGAGUCUUCAUAAUACAGACACAAUGGCAGGAAGUGGUGAUGACGUGAUCUUGAUGGUGGAAAUGUUGGCGUUAAGAGCUACAUGUCGCUGCAGUGAAGACUCACCGUUAAUCUCGUGUAGUCGUGUUGCUUGCGACAUUGCUGGAAAAGGCGAAGCGAAAGUGCGUGUCUUACGUGCCACAGCAUCGCUCUUGGAUGCGCAAAGUUGUCGUGGAAAAAUUCUGGGCAGGAGUGGAGUGUUGGGUAGGUCUUUUGUCGGCGUCGUCAGUGAAAUGCAGUCGUUGACUUCCAACCAGACAGAAGUCACGGCUGGAGAUUCUGUCAAGGUCUCCGACAAGGUCGUGGCAUCACCGUAUGUCACGCGUGAGCCAGUCAUACCAUUUGAAAAGCAAGAACAGGAGCAGCUAAAAAAUUCGACUCACCAUGGACAAGAUUGCACCUCAUCAUGUAUAGUCGGCGUGAGUGCUUCGUGUGGAACACUCGCUGAAUACAUCGUGCUGCCAGUGGCUAACCUGUCCAUAGUUCCUCCCACCAUACCCGACGAUUUGGCACUACUGGCUGACGACAUGUCAGUUGUUCUCUCCAUCGUCAGCGAGUUGCAGCGACGGCACGUGACCAACAUCGCGAUCCUAUCCGACGGACCGGCCACCAUCCUCUCCAACCUGCUGACGCGGCUGCUGCACCAAGACGUGCAGUAUCCGGCACAGAAUCUGCACGUGUUCUCCACGUCUCCAACCAGCAGCAGCUCCGUGUGGUUGCAGCACGCCUCACUCACUCCUUUAGAGAUUUUUCAGCCCGCUGCUAUUGCUCACGUGCUGGCGCAACAGACCGAGCUGGCACUGGACGCUGUCGUGGAUCUUGUUGGCUCUGAAGCUUCCGCUGAGUUUGCAACGUCGCUAGUGCAGUCCAUGGGCUGUGUGGUGUUUGUGGAUCGGUCACGACUGGAGCUGCAGCCACCAUCGAUUAUCGCCAUGGACAUGAACACUGUGGUUGUGAGGGAGCUUCAAGUUGUGAGCGUUCACGACUGUCACGAUUACUUGGACGAUGCACUACAAUACUUGGCCACGCAGGCUCAGAGUCAGCAGAGCGCAAUGGAGCUACGCAAGUGUCUAGUGGCCAGCGUGGAGCUGUCGCAGGCGCUCCACCAGCUCCAGACGAUUCCAGAGAGAACGUUUGAAGCGCGGUAUCUUCAAGUAAAAACUGAUGUCAUUUCUACCUGA